AUCCUCAGUCACCCGACUCCAAAACAUGUCUGACGCGAGGAAAUUGCCUGCGUUACUUGACUUCGGUGCAGGUUCGGGAGACAUAUUGGCGAAAGGGGGCUCCAAAUAAAUCAUAUAAGACUACGGAUUCUCCUUCCAUAUCUCAUUUCCUGUUCAACAACGACAAUCGACAGGAUACAAUCCACACCCACGAGUCUACCACCGACACCCCUCGACUACCAGCAAAAUGCAUUUCCACCUCGCCACGGUUCUCAUCCUCAUCCCCCUCCUCACCGCCGCCCCCACCCCAAAAAUCGACCAACGCGAGCCCGUCGAUGUUACGGAUGCAGUAACUGGCGCACUUGGUCAGCUCACCGGCGGCCUCACAAAGCUCCCAGGUGGAAAGCGUGCCGAUAUCGCAGAGACAUUGACCACCACAUUGGGAGGUCUCACCGGCGGCCUCACAAAGCUCCCAGGCGGCAAGCGCCAGGUUCCUGAUGUCGCGAAGACGUUGACCGACGCACUGAACCAGAUCACGGGUGGUGACAUCACAAAACUCCCAACUGGUGGCAAGCGCGAGGCGCCCGCCGAUAUCACCAACACGUUGACCAGCACAGUCGAGAGCCUCACCGGCGGCCUCACAAAGCUCCCAGGCGGCAAGCGCCAGGCCCCUGAUGUCGCGGGAACACUGAAGAGUGCCGUGGACGUUGUCCUCGGCCAGGGCAACGAAGUAAACCCCAAACAACUACUUGGCAAGCGCGACAGCAUUGAUGUCACGAAGGCAUUAGGUGAAAUUUUCGACCCUGUCAACGAAGCCCUCAAGAAGGACUAUAGCAAAGACUUUACCCCAGGUGGCCUCAAGAAGCCAGUUGGCAAGCGCAACGACGGCAUUGACGUCACGAAGACAGUCGGGGAGUUACUCAGCCCUUUCAACGAUGCCCUGAAAAACAGCAAGGACUACGCAGAGAACUAUAAGACCCAAGAUAACACAAAGACCCCAUCCGAGAAGCGCGGCGGCAUUGACGGCACAGGGACAGUAGCCGCUGUACUGGACCAGGUCACCAACGCCAUUGAGAACAGCAAGGACUUCAAGCCAAGCGGUCUUGAAACCCCAUCUCAAGCUCUCCAGCGCCGAGCCGAUGUUCUAGGUGGCCUACUGGGAAUGCUUACCGGUGGCCUCGGCGGCGGGUUGAAACCCCCAGGUUCAAGCAAGCGCGACGAGACUACAGACGCCAUAAACUCCGUGCCAUUAGCCGGCCCCCUGAUGCAGCUCGCCCAAGUCCUCGGCGGUGGAGCUCUCAAGGAUGGGAAGGUGCCCGCGGACUUCAAAUUCCCGGAUGGGACUCAGGUCCCACCCAUGGCCGGAGCAGAGAAGCGCCUCGAUGUCGCGUCCGCUGCAAAGGGUGUGGUAUACGAGGUCAUUGAUGGCGUCACCAAGCCCACAAAGAACUUAUAA